AUGAUGGAACCGCCUUCCAAAAAGGAGCUGAUGCCCAUGUCCAAGCGGCCAGAUGAGUGGAAGGACCCCUGGCGCCGGUCCAAAUCCCCCAGGAGACUUCCGGGCAUGUCUGGGUCACCACCGCGGGGCCGCCGGCGACACCGGCCUUCUGGAUCCUCUGUCUCACUGUCCAACUCAUCUAGGUAGCUUUCAAUUCAGCCUUACAUCUACUUUGGUACUCUGCCUUACAUCAACACCUAUUUUCUGCAGUAUUUCAAUCUACUUGAGUGCUAGGUGUUUGUGUGUGUGUGUGUGUGUGUUAAAGAGUGAGGUUAAGUGUGGGUUCUGUUCUGCAGGUCUUCGUCCCGCUCUUCCUCCUACACAGGCUCCGGUUCAUCCCGCUCUCGGUCUCGCUCAGGCUCCUCGUCCUUCAGCUCGUACUCCAGCCACUCAUCCCAGCGCAGCUCCUUCAGCGGCAGCCGCUCCAGGUCCGUCACACACUCUGCCUUCCUGUCUGUCUGUCCACGCACACCACCACCUAACACUGUCUGUUGAAUAGGACACUCAUUCACUGAGUAUAUGGUAACCUUUAAUAACCUAUGGUCUCCCAUAAGAUAGCUGACAGAGAUGACUUAGGGUUGUAUUAAUCUUGGGCUUCUGUUUAUCUCACUGCAGGUCCAGAUCGUUCUCAUCGUCUCCAUCGCCGACCCCUUCAGCACAGAGGAACGCCAAGGAUAAAGUCGAGGACCCACCAGCCCUAGGGCCGAAAGGGUACAGCCAUACCCAUUCAUCCAUAGACAUGCUGUAUAUUCAUCAUACACAACUCACACAGAUAAUUUGUACUUUUCCUUUCAUGGCUCAUGAGUCAAUAGGUACUGAGUCAAUAUUAAUACUUCAAAGUCUUACAUAAUAAUAGGGUAGUUUGCAUUUAAUUUACAUGCUAUAUUGUUCACCUUAGACGUGUAGCUAGCAUGCUUCUGGUAUUAGUCUAUAGUCAAUCAGUCUCUUGAACAAAGCAUGGGUUUUGCCCUCAUUAGUAUGACGUGUGAAUGCUGCACACCAAACAACAAAGCAAUGCACUCUUAUCCUCAAGCGUCCCAUUGAAGCCUGGUACACCUCCCCCUCCUCGUAGGGAGAAGGCUCCCCCCAGGAAGGCUCCCAGCCCACCACUGCCAGGCCAGCCUGGGAAACCCCCCAAACCCACCCCGGAGGGGGGCAAGCCCGCCAACCCCCACGAGGGAGGCCGACCCAUGCCGCCUCGGGAGGGAGGCCGACCCAUGCCGCCUCGGGAGGGGGGCCGACCCAUGCCGCCUCGGGAGGGGGGCCGACCCAUGCCGCCUCGGGAGGGGGGCCGACCCAUGCCGCCUCGGGAGGGGGGCCGACCCAUGCCGCCUCGGGAGGGGGGCCGACCCAUGCCUCCUCGGGAGGGGGGCCGACCCAUGCCGCCUCGGGAGGGGGGCCGACCCAUGCCGCCUCGGGAGGGGGGCCGACCCAUGCCGCCUCGGGAGGGGGGCCGACCCAUGCCUCCUCGGGAGGGGGGCCGACCCAUGCCGCCUCGGGAGGGGGGCCGACCCAUGCCGCCUCGGGAGGGGGGCCGACCCAUGCCGCCUCGGGAGGGGGGCCGACCCAUGCCGCCUCGGGAGGGAAGCAAACCCCUCAACCUGCGGGAGGGCCGACGGAAGGAGAGGCAGCAGCACAACCCACCCAGGAGGUAGGACAGAAGUACACACUUCUACUGGUCAGAGAUGGCCAUCCGUCUAUCACAAGUUCCUCUGUCACAUAUUAACAGAGCCAACCUGAGAGAUCAAGGUUAUCCAAUGAUAUACCAAGUAGGGAUGGGCAUUUGAAAUGAUUUUACUAUUCAAAUGAUAUCAUGACAUUUGUUUGUAUAUUUGGAUAGUUGAAAUGCUGCACACAAAUAAAAUGCUCUUGACCAAUCAAAAUGACGCAAAAACACAUGGCAGAGGUAAACAGCGGACAGACUGCAUUUCCCCGCUAGUUUUGGCUAACAGCAAAAGUGAAAGAGAAGUCUGAUUUUCACCGAUAUUCUGUUACAAAAAGGUUUUCUGGUGAGUGUUUUGCAUUGAUCUGUUUCAGGUCUUGUUGCGCGCCUAUAAUUGCUAUUAAUAUUUUGAAGUGUACCGAUGUCAGGGCAGACUGGAGGGCUAAAUGCGCAGCAGUAGCUCAACGCACUGUUAUAAAAGCUAAAUUGUGUUUUAUUAAAUUAAGAAUUUCAAGUGUCAUGGUACAUCCUUGCAGCUAACAAUGUCACCAAGGAUAAUUAAAAUGUAAUUUAGACAAAGCUUUUUCAUUGUUAAAAUAGGCCUACAAUUAUUUAAUUUUUUUAAAUGAACACUCACUCAAGUAAUCGAACACUUGUUCAAUUAACCGUGCCCAUCCCUAAUACCAAGGUUCAAUGAUUGUUCAAAAUAUGGCCACAAAUCAAGGAGUUUGUAUUUUUUAUUACUAGCUUAUUGCAGUGAACUCUACACUAACUAGAGACUUCACCGGAUCGCAUUUGAAUAUUUUGUAAAUUAAGGUGUUAUCCUUAUUUUCAGGCAGUAUGUCACAGGUAGGCCUAAUACCGGGCGUAUUUGUGAGUGUGUGGGUUUUUUAUUGAACUUGCACGACAAGUAUCCCUCAGCUCACAAUGCCACUUUGUAUGGCAGGUAGAUUUGCAUCAGCAGGACUGUGUGUUGGUGAAAUAACUAUCCUCUGUCUCUGGGUCAGCUGAUGGCCAUGUCUGGGCCUGCAUGGGGAAGAACCCAGGUCUGGUGCUGUGGUCAGGGGAAGGGGAAGGACAGUAAAAGGGUAGGAAAGGACAGCGAGGGGGCGAGCCACUGGCUGUGGUUUCUCUGCCUGCAUGGGUAGAAUGCACUAGGCUCACGCUGUGUGGGUGGCGUGGUUCUCCCUGUGGAAAAUCUAAUGUAAAACCUGUUAACCGGGGGUCCUGCAGCUCUAAAGACUCAUUGUGCUCCCCUGUAAAAUGUUAAUUUAUUGACUUGACUGCAUGUUUAUGUAAGUCAUUUUGUUCAGAAAUGAUUCAUAGUUAAUGGAGCUAAGAUUUGACACUUUUCCUUGACACCUUUUAUUUAGUGGAACAUUAACCAUUACGUAAUUUCAUACCAUGGAUACAUUUUGAAUAAUGUAUGAAUGCUUUUCUUUCAAUCUCUUUUUAGAGUGUUGAUGUGAUUGAAACAUGGAGGGCUGGUGUGAAAAGUAGUAAAGUAAAGAUAUUUGCGCAUUCUAUUAACUUCUGAUGUUUAUGCCCAUCGUUCUAAGAAAUGGUGAUAAGUAAGACGGGUACAAGAUGGAUGUGUGUGCAUCUUAACGGCUGUCAAGAAAUUACGUUAUUUCAAUGGGUGUUUAGAUCACAUUAAAACCAUGUAAUUUAUCACACAGCUCAGCCACAACCUGGCACUACUCAUUAAUUUUAACAAAAUAUUCUGUCACUCAGAGAUUAAUGUGCCGCUGGGAGGUUCCCUUUGCAAGAGGAGUAGGUUGAAGACUGUUGUAGGCUAUUUCCUAGGUUUUCUUCUCAGGUGAACUUGUGUAGUCAGUCACGACGUGACUUGAUGUUAGUGGCGUCAUAUGAACACAGUUAUUGUUCCUGCUCUGAGGGAAAUCUCCCUUAAUCUGUGAUGCACCACUCUACUCCACUGCAGGGACAACAGUUUGUUUUCAGUUAAUGAAUGUGACCUAUAACGCCUUGCCAAGUAUGCAAUUGGACUGAUUAGUUGUUACUGUGAUGUACAAUCUACUAUUAAAAUUAUGAUGAUCUCUUCGUUCACUGAAAUAUGUGCAUCUUUCUCUCUCCCCUCUCUCUCUCUAUUCCCCUGUUGCAGGCGGACAGUCAGUGGCAGUGUGAGUGGCAGUAGUUACUCUGGUUCCAGCUCUCGGUCCAGAUCCCGCUCCUCCUCUGUCUCCAUCUCACGCUCUGGAUCCAAGAAGUCCAGGUAGGAAGAACCGAUCCCACUUCCACUAACUUUCACUACACUGCUUUAAAAGCUGACAAUUUAGAGUAUUUUGCCUCAGAAAUGAUUUAUUGACUCGGUGCCGGUACCCCCUGUAUAUAGCCUCGUUAUUGUUAUUUUAUUGUGUUACUUUAUUUUUUAUUUUACGUUAGUUUAGUUAGUAAAUAUUUUUUUAGCUCCAUUUCUUGAAAUGCAUUGUUGGUUAAGGGCUUGUAAGUAAGCAUUUCACGGUAAGGUCUACACCUGUUGUAUUCGGCGCAUGUGACAAAUAACAUUUGAUUUGAUGCAGGUACCACUUUGAAACUGACAUUUUAUUGAAUCCCUUCUCUCUUCUUGUUUUUCUUUGCUAUUUAUCCACUGGUCAACUACCUAGAAAAUCCAGGUACUAUGUCAAUUUUUAUCUGCCAUCUAUAUUACCCUGGCCUGUACAUCUGCCCCUCUCUUCUUUCAUCUUAACUGUGAUUCAUCUUAACCCCCAUUUUGCCCCACCACCCACUCAUUCACUACCUUCUGUUCUUGUGUGUUUUAAUCAUAAUUUGUCAUCCUUAAAUAAACAUUUUCCCCCACUACAAAUAUCAAUAUUCGGUCAAUAUUUCCUUUAGUAUGAGUUAGUGUGUGUACAGGUUUUUGUGACACAGCACUGAGUCUCUCCCUGUGUCCUGUGUGGUCCCUGUGUAGGUCUCUGAGUGUGAGCAGUGUGUCCUCGGCCUCCUCCAGCAGCAGCUCAGUGAGGAGCGCUGACUCAGAUGACAUGUACGCUGACCUGGCCAGCCCUGUGUCAUCAGCCAGUUCCUGCUCCCCCACCCCCGGACAGCCCCACGCCCGCAAGGAGAGGGGCCCGCCACGGGACAGGGGUCCCAACAAGGACAAAGGUAGCAGCUAGGCUUUUGUCAUAGACUCUGCGAUUCACUCUGGAUUGUAUUGUGGUUGACGUGUCAUCACAGAAUGACAGCAUUUAGUGGUUCUAUGGGUUGUAUGUUAGUGAUGUAUACUGUCUGCUCUCCACAGGGAAGCCCACUAAGAAAGAUGAGCCCCAUCCCCCCAGAGAGGACCGGAGGAAGAUGGAUCCCUCAGGCCUCCCUCACAGAAACACCCACGGCUCCAUGCCCAGGUCUGGGCCUGGCAGCAGGGGACACGGGCCUGGCGGCCACCCCAUGCACCCACCCCACGGUCCCCCCAUGGGACCCCCUGGAGGCUACGGCCAGCACAAAGACAUCAAACUCACGCUUCUCAACAAGGUGACUACUGCUGGAUUUACUGUUGAAAGUAAACUGCUCUCACCUCAACCCAAAUAGACUGGGUUGUGAGUGAUGAGUCUCUGAAUUACUCGUAAGAAUAUGUAGAUUAGUGUUGUCACGAUACUAGUAUCGAGGGAAAUGGUCCUAAUGUUGGAAAAAACUGCCUUAUGUUGCCACCCAGAGUCACAUUUAUUUAUUUUGCAAGCUAUAGCACACAAUAUUUUACAAAAGUAGGUUUUAAAUGACCACAGAGUUCACUCUGCUUCAUGUUUUCUUUUUUUGCCAAGGACAAUCUGGCAUUGUAGUAUCACGAUACUGGUAUCGUGACAACACUAAUUUAGAUAUGAGUGACACUAAUGUCAUUACAGGGUUUAGAGGUCUGAGUAUCUUUGGGGAAGGACAGUUUGAACAGUCAAUGUAAUAAGUGUCUGACUUCCUCAUGCUCUUAUCAGUCAGACUGAAUAACUAGAUGUAGUAAUAUCAAGCCUCUGUAUACCAUACUUUUGGUAUCGCUGAUAUUUUCUCUGGGUAGACUGUGUAUAUACACACAUUAUUUGAAUGCCACCAUUGAACAUUGAGCAAAUGUGAUUUUAUCUCAUUUUAAUGUACUGCAUUUUGCAUUUUUGCUUGUGAACUGUCUGACUAACAAUGUCUCUCUCUCUCACUCUGUAGCAGCAGGCAGAGCGGGGUAACAGGAAGCGAUACAUGCCUUCAGACAAGGACAGGCCUACCUCUCCACUCAGCAAGAGGAUAGCAUUGUCUCCUGAGAGAGGUGAGGGCCUCAAACUGUCCAGAAAACGCCUUAGUCUGACAUGAAUAAUGUGUUCUUCCCAAGGAACUCACACACACACACACACAAAGAUGUGGUUUGGUAUACCAAAUGUGGAAAUCCAACUACCAGAGAAACCUUGCAGUAGGCUGCAUUAUCUGUUCUUCUUAUAUGCUACACAGCCACACUAGAUUAGACUGACCGAGACAAGCUGUCUGUGUUGAACCUAGUCAUUCAUCUGAGGCCACACUUCCCUGCUGUAUGUAAUCAACUUCCCGUCAAUGUCCUGCAGGUCGUGGUGACAGGAGGAUGCCUGGACGGCCCCCACUCUCUCCUAGAAUGGACCGGCCCAGAGGCCAGGGCCCUCGCCCCAUGCCACCACCGGGAGAAAGGUAGGUGCCCUCUGUGCUGCUUCUCAUCCAAGACUACACACACAACCACAACCUACCACCUCUUUGUUGGUGCUGCCCUUCACCACUGCAGUAGUGAUGUCAUUUUAGGAUGUUAGAGUAACCACAAGCCUUUGUUUUGAAUGUGGAACAAGUCACAAAAAUGGAAGCCCCAGAAGUAUAUGAUAUACACCAAUAAUACACAGGGCAUGUGACCAUGAUGUCACUAUUUAUACAUCUACACGUAUCCUCUCUAUCCAGGUACAUUUAUCCACAUGAUAACCGUUGUAAAUUGUCAUAGGCAUGUGGCAUUAAACCCAAACAUGUAAUUUAUCUCUUUAGAAAACGUCCGCUGUCCCCACCACCCAAGUCGUCUGGGAAAGGUCCAGGGGGGUUGUCCUCGGGCUCAGGCAAGCAGCCCCCAGGCGGCCCAGGCUCAGGCUCUGGCAAGCCCAGCAGCACACUGUCCCGCCGUGAGGAGCUGCUGAAACAGCUCAAAGCUGUGGAGGAUGCCAUCGCCCGCAAGAGGGCCAAGAUCCCAGGGAAAUAA